GUGUGUGUGUGUGUGUGUGAGGAGUGGCUCCAUAAACGCUCACACCAAGUAUUCCAGGGUCCUCAGUUGUGAGACGACUCUUUCCCCUGACUCUCAUCACUGGUGCAUUAAAAACGCAAAUGACCGUCUGAAAAAAACUUCACAAAAAAGGCCACCAGAAAGGGUCCAACGAUGGGGUCGGCUCAUGGAUUACUGUGUAUUUUUGUAAUCUCAUCAUACCUCGUCAUGGGUCAUGGCCAAAAAAUUGUGUGCACGCAGGAAGCCAAGGCUGAUAUCGUGUUUUUAGUGGAUGGCUCUGCCAGCAUUGGUCUAAAGAACUUCCAACAGAUACGUGAAUUUCUCACGUCCGUUGUGAAGAACUUUGACAUCAGCCCUAAUAAGGUCAGGGUCGGCAUGGUCCAGUUUAGCGACACGCCAAAAACUGAGUUUUUCCUCAACACCUAUGAGGAAAAGCAGGAGAUUCUUGACUACAUUAAGCGUUUGCCGUAUAAGACCGGUGGCACCAACACGGGCAUGGCCUUGCAGUUCUUGCUGACAAACCACUUUACUGAGCAAGCCGGGAGUCGGGCAAACCAAAUGGUGCCGCAGAUCGCUUUUGUCAUCACAGACGGAAGCUCUCAAGAUGACGUUGAGCCAUACGCUCAGGAGCUGAGGCAGAAGGGAAUCAAAGUGUAUGCCAUCGGAAUCAAAGACGCAGACGAGAAGUUCCUGAAGAAGCUCGCUAGUCAGCCAUAUGAAAAUCAUGUAUACAGCGUGUCUGACUUUACUGCUCUCCAGGAAAUCUCGCUGAGUGUCAGUCGCGAGCUGUGCACCACCGUAGAAGAGGCACAAGGAGAGCGGCAAGAAUGCAGCGAGAUUACCGCAGCAGACAUUGCUUUUCUUGUGGAUUCGUCUGACACCAUUAGCGACACCAAAUUUGGAGAAAUCCGUCGUUUUCUCCAUGCUUUUGUAGAGAGACUUGACGUUGGCAAACAAAAGGUGAGAGUUGGCCUUGCUCAGUUUAGCGACAGACCGUACCAGGAGUUUUUGUUUGGUACAGAUGAAGUCACGAAAGAAGAUCUGCUCAGGAAGCUGCUCAGCAUCACAUAUCGCAAGGGUGGGCCAAAAAGAAUGGGGAUCGCUCUGGACUUCAUUCGGAACAACUACUUCAGCCAAGCUAGACAACAAGUUUCUAAGAUUGCCAUCGUGAUCACAGACGGGGAGUCGAGUGACAAUGUCGAGGCGCCGGCUCAGGAGCUCCGAAAGCAAGGAGUCGUUGUCUUUGUGAUCGAGACUGGACCAGCAAAUAACGCGCAACUCCAAGCCAUUGCUAACAGUCCCCAGAAAGAAUUCUUGUACAGCAUGGACAAUUACCAAAAUUCACUAGACCUGAUUGAGGACCUACGCAGAAGAGUGUGUAUUGCUGUCGAUGACCAAUUACGAGCUUCUUCCCUUAAGUUCGCAGAUGUCUUUUUCCUGGUGGAUAGUACAGCAUCAAGACCAGAGUCCCAACAAAUCAGAACCUUCUUGUCACGACUCGUCAACCAGCUCGCUGUAGACAAGGACGGUAACCAUGUUGGCCUGGCACAGUUCAGCGAAAGCGUUGAAGAGGAAUUUCUGCUCAAUAAUAAUAAGACCAGAAAUGAAAUCUCAUCAGCCAUACGCAAUCUCCGACUUAAGCCUAAAGGCGUGCGUCAAAUUGGAAAAGCAAUCGAACAUGCACGCAAAAACUUCUUCAAUACUUCAACCGGUAGUCGCAUCGCCCAAGGCUUCAAACAGGUCCUGCUGGUGACCAGUGUGGGAAAAUCGAACGACACUGUCAUUCAGCCAUCGCGCACAAUUAAAAAGGACGGAAUACACGUAAUCUCUGUUGGCUUGGGCAAAGCUGAAAUGGACGAGCUGGACGAUAUUUCUAGUCCCACUCAAACCUACAAAAUGACACCACAAACCAAUCUGCAGGUGGUACAGAAAGUCAAGUCUGCGAUUGAAACACAAGACGUGCCCAGUAUAUCCCAAGACUGCAAAUCCGCCAGCAUAGCAGACAUCGUGUUUAUCGUUGAUGAAUCUGGCAACAUGGGACCUGAAAACUUCCAGCUUGUACGCAACUUCCUGAUAAACACCAUUUCAGGGCUCGAUGUAGGCAUCGACAAAGUGAGGAUAGCCAUUGUUCACUACAGCGAUGUUCCCAGGGCCGAUGUUUAUCUGAACACAUUCAGGACCAAGAAUGAAAUUUUGCAGUACAUUCAGAAGCUGUCCUACGGCAGAGGCAAAGCGUACACUGGAGCUGCUCUACGAUUUGCCAAGGACAAUGUAUUCACCAAGGAAAGAGGCAGCCGAAGUGAUGAACAUGUCCAACAGAUCGCAGUGGUCAUCACAGACGGAUGGUCUGCAGACGAAAUCAGCAAUGAGGCAGCAGAGCUGCGUCGCUCAGGCGUUACAGUUUUUGCUCUGGGCAUCAAAAACGUUAAUGUAAACGAACUGAAGGAGAUUGCUUCCUACCCGCCCAGAAAGUUUGUGUUUAACGUAGAGAGUUUCAUUAAGCUCAAUGCAUUGUCGAGUAUGUUAACACAAAGCAUUUGCGGGGGUAUUACCUCUGACUUCAUACCUAUAUUGAAAGAAAUUACACUUCAGAAAGGCUGCAGGUUCACAGCUGAAGCAGACAUCUAUUUCCUACUCGAUGAAUCAGGGAGCAUUUCUUACGAAGACUUUGAUGAAAUGAAAGCUUUUAUUUUAGAGUUCCUUCACAUGUUUGAGAUCGGACCUGAUAAGGUGCGCAUUGGCGUGGUAAAAUUUGCAAGCCAUGCAACCACUGUCUUCCGCCUGGACACUUACAACACAAAGUCUGAGGUGGAAAAAGCAGUGAAAGGCCUAAUAAUGUACGGAGGUGGCACUAGAAUUGAUUUGGGUCUAGAGGCAAUGAUCCCGCUCUUUAGGCAGGCAUCAGAAACGCGCAAGGAUAAGGUUCGCGAAAUACUCAUCAUGAUUACGGAUGGCAAAUCUGAGUCAGUUGGAACGCCAGUGAACAUUCCAGCUGAAGAACUGAGGGGGCAGAACAUCACAAUCUAUGCUAUUGGAGUGAAAGACGCAGACAUGGCCGAACUGGAAGAUGUCUCCGGAAGCCCUAAAAGGACAUUUUAUGUCCAAAACUAUGAUGCCCUUAAGCUAAUUAAAACCAAAGUCCUUAAAGAAAUUUGUUCAUUUGAAGCUUGUGCCGAUCUUUCGGCGGACGUCGUCUUUCUGAUCGACGGUGGGGAUGCUGUUGACGAGCUAGACUUUAAAAAGACAAAGGAACUAAUAGGAUUUGCCGUAGAAAAACUUCCUGUUAAAGAGAACAGAGUGCGACUUGCUGUCGUUCAGUACAGCACAGACACAAUUGUGGAAUUUUCCUUAAAUGCGUUCCACGAUAAAGACUCGUUACAAAAGGAAAUUGCAUCCAUCCAGCAGCUUAAAGGCAAAACCUACACAGGCAAGGCACUCAGUGAGGUUUUACCGGUGUUUCAGGAGGCCAGAGGGGAACGUGCUAGUACUUUGCAGUUCCUAAUACUUGUUACCGAUAGUGUGUCCAAAGAUGACGUAGUACAGCCUUCUAGAGAGCUUAGGGAGCGGAACAUCAACAUUUAUGCUAUCGGUUUGGGACAUGCUAGUAAAUCUCAGUUGCUUAAUAUUUCCGGAUCUUAUGAAAGAGUCUACCUGGACAGCAACUUUGCUUCCCUACAGACCUUGGGUAGUGAGGUUAUCUUCAAGAUUUGCAAUACUGAAUGCAAAAGACCUGAAUUGAUGGAUGUAAUCUUUCUGGUGGAUGGCUCUGGUGGUGCUGAGGACACAAAUUUUCAAGUGAUGAAAAGUUUAUUGGGAGCAGUGGUGAAAAAGGCAGACGUCGGGCAGAAAAGAGUCCGCUUCGGAGCAAUCGUUUAUUCUGACCAGCCUAAAUCCGAGUUCACUCUGAAUCAGUACAACAGCAAGGACAAGGUUCUGGAAGCCAUCUCAGAGAUGCACGCUCCUGGAGGUAGAAGAAACACGGCCCAGGCUCUCAAGUCUGCACUCUCCUACUUUGCGGCGGCACAUGGAGGAAGGCGUUUUCAGCAUGUUCCUCAGGUGCUAUGCUUAAUAACAGACGGUCCAGUCGCUGACUCUGCUGGCCUCACAAAAUGGCCUGAAGAUCUUGCAGGUUCUGAGGUCAACGUGUUCGCAUUUGGGAUGGCAGGAGCCAAUGAGGCUGAGCUCACAAGAAUUACUGGAAAUAACGAAAGAGCCUUCUACGUGGAUAACUACGAGGCUUUUAAAAUGCUGUAUAAACCAAUUAGUCAACAACUCUGCAAUCUGACAAAGCCAGUGUGUGAGAAGGAGUCGGCAGAUCUGGUCAUUUUGAUCGACGGGUCCGAAUCGAUUUCUGUGAAGAACUGGGAAGUUGUAAAGGGCUCCGCGAUCAACAUUGUUAAAAAGCUCGAAAUUGCACCAGACAGAUGGCGGGUUGGCGUGGCUCAGUUUAGUGACAAAGUACUGAAUCACUUCUACCUAGACAAAUACAGCAAUAUAGCAGGAGUGGAACAAGGCAUACAUGACAUUUCCCAAAGAAAACAAGGUACAAACACGUGGCAAGCACUGAAAGAAAUAGGAGACUACUUUACGCCAGAGCAUGGAAGCAGGAUAAAGGAAGGAGUGUCACAGAACUUGCUGCUAAUCACAGAUGGCAAAGCUAAUGACAAAGAGGAUCCAAGUACACUAGCUAAUCUUCGAGCAAAGAACAUUGAGGUAUUUGCUAUUGGGAUUGGGGAUGAUAUAAAUCACCAUGAGCUCAUCAAAAUUGCUGGUUCAAAAGAGCGGGUUUUCUACGAGACCUUUGAGAGUCUUCCAAUGAAGACAACCGCAAGCAAAGUUCUAGAAGCCCUUUGCAAACCAGACAGCGUACCGGAUCCGCAGGGAUGCUCUAUUGACAUUGGCAUUGGAUUUGAUGCAUCAAGCAGGACAAGCUCGCAGCCCCUACUAGGACCACACACAGAGUCCCUUGUUGCUGCAGCUAUUCAUCGUUUAUCCAUGAUUGGUGAACUCUGCUGCGUCGCUGCAGACAAAAUUGAAACCAAGUUUGGCUUCCGCCUUGUCUCUGGCAAAGAUGGCAAAGUUAUGGAUGAUUUUGACUUUGAAAAGUAUGACCAGAACGUGGUCACUAAGGUGCUCAACAUACGGCCUACAACACCUACUGCUUUCAACGCACUUCUUCUAAACUCCUUCAGACAAAAAUUCACUAGCUCGCGGGCUGGAGUGAAGAUGGUUAUACUAUUCACAGAUGGAUUUGAUGAUUCCAUGGAGUCUCUAAAAGCGAGUGCAGAGAGCCUCCGGCAAAGUGGGGUUAAUGCGCUGGUGAUUGUGGCUCUGAAAGACAAUGUGGACCACCAAGCGCUGGAAUUUGGACGAGGUUUCAGCUUUAACAAGCCCCUUUCCAUCAACAUGCUUAACGUGGGCAAUGCACUGCUGGAACAGCUUGAGACAGUGGCAUCAAGAGAGUGCUGCAAUGUGACAUGUACAUGUAGUGGCAAUUCUGGCCUCUUGGGACCCUUUGGGCCCCCGGGACUAAAGGGAGGACCAGGGCCAAAGGGCCAUCCUGGAAUGCCUGGUGAGGAGGGAAGCCCGGGUGAAAGGGGCGAGCCGGGUCUGAACGGAACUCAGGGACACCAAGGCUGCCCUGGAAGAAGAGGCCUCAAGGGAUCGAUAGGGUACACUGGGAAUCGAGGAGAAGAUGGAGAGUUCGGUCUCAUCGGGGUGGACGGUCAACAGGGUGAGUCUGGUGCAGCUGGAAAGGCAGGACUGAAGGGAGAUCCAGGACGCCCAGGUGUAAAGGGAGUUAAAGGAGGUUCUGGCCCGAAGGGAGAACGUGGAGUGAGAGGAGAUCCUGGAAUACCAGGAGCAGACAGCAACAUGCAGGGUCCAAAGGGUGAGCCGGGAUACGCAGGCCUUCCUGGUGUUCAAGGCCCAGAUGGAGCUCCGGGUCAAGCAGGAGAGCGAGGAGAGAAUGGCUUUCCUGGGAAGAAGGGACCACCAGGAACGCCGGGGCCUUCCUCCACUGAACAAGGAGAACGGGGACCAGUGGGUCCCGCCGGUCAGCCGGGAUUGCAGGGUCCUCCUGGGAGAGGUGGAGCCAAAGGAGAGAAAGGUGAUCAAGGUCUACCUGGAGUUCAGGGACUGUAUGGUGCAGCUGGGGAUAAAGGGGCCAAAGGAAAUCCAGGACGCAGAGGGCCACGGGGUCGGCUAGGCGACAUGGGCAGUAAAGGUGACACUGGACCAGAGGGUUUCAGAGGACCACCGGGCCACAUGGGCGCAGACAGUUACGGACCUCCAGGACGUAAAGGACAUAAAGGAAAUCCUGGUUUUCCUGGAUAUCCUGGUUUGCCGGGUGAAGAUGGAACUAAAGGAUCCACUGGAGAAAGAGGACUCAAAGGACACCGAGGACGACCGGGGAACAGUGGAAAUCGGGGACCUCCUGGAGAUCCUGGGGACAAAGGGUUGAUCGGACCCCAGGGUCCUAAAGGAUCAUCAGGAAGCAGUGCGAAAACUGAAUGUGAAUUAGUGAAUUACGUGCGUGAAAACUGCGUUUGCUGUGGAGGUCACACUCAGUGUCCAGGUUACCCUACAGAGCUAGUGAUUGCUCUGGACAUGUCCUCGGACGUAACGUCAGAGGCGUUUGAUAAGAUGCGUUCUACAGCCGUGUCUCUGCUAGAGGACAUCUCCAUUGCUGAGACGAACUGUCCAGUAGGAGCUCGAGUUUCCGUUGUGUCCUACAACAGUCAAACCAGUUAUCUGAUCCGUUUCUCGGACUACCGUCGAAAGAGUCAGCUACUGGAGGCAGUCAAGGGAAUCUCUCUGCAGAGGAGCAGGAACCGCCGCAAUAUGGGCCAGGCCAUACGCUUCAUUGUUGACAACGUCUUCAAACGCGUCCGAAAUGGCAAACUAGUCAGCAAGGCGAUCAUCUUCCUGACAAACGGGGACUCGCAGGACAUCUCAGCCAUCAACACGGGCAUGAUGAAGCUCAAGGCUUCAGAUAUCAAUCUGGGAGUCAUCACCUUCAACGAUGCUCCAAAUGUUCGUCUUGCCAUUCAGGCUGAUGAAACAAGGAGUUUCAAGGUUACUGAUGAAGGGGAAGCCAGAUGGAUUAAAGAGUGUGUCAUCUGUUUUGAUCACUGUAACCCAGACAAGAGGUGUGGCAUAGACUCAAACCCUGAGCCCGAGGAGGUGGAUGUGGACCUAACCGUACUGAUGGACUCCUCUUAUGACCUUCAGGCUGAUCAAUACUCUGGUGUGAAAGAGUUCUUAGUUUCUCUGAUGAACAUAGUAGACGUGAGCAAUGAACCUACCAAAGAGGACGGGAAGGCCAGGAUCGGUGUCUACCAGCAGAGCUCCACUUACCCCAACUCCCACGUUCAGGAAGUGCUCGGACUUGACGCAUUCAAAGACCGUGCCGUGACAGAGAGACACAUUGCUCAAGACAUGCAACAAGCUGGUGGUUCACCACGUCUCGAUUCGGCUCUGGAAUGGAUGAUAACCAAUGUUCUCCUGGAAGCACGGGCACCAAGGAAGAAGCGAAUGGUCCUGAACAUCCUCGGUGAAGAAUCUGGGAGGUUCAUGGACAAAGACGAGCUGAAAUACAUCUCCAUGCUCUCUCAGUGUAACGAUAUUGUGAUGGUCACGCUGACGGUGGGAGAAAAAUUCAGCUGGACUCAGGUAGAAGGUCUCAGCACAUCACCAGUGGAGCAACACCAUAUACCGCUGGGACAGGUGGGGCCGAAGGAACGGAAGUAUGCUCAGAAAUAUUUACGAGCCUUCCUACGCUUGCUUACCAGAGAUAUCUUCCCCAAACCCUCUUCUCUAAAUGACGAGUGCAGCAGUUUUGUUCAAAGGCAGAUUAACCGUUUGCCUUCUGUUCCUCCAAUAAACAGCCAUGACGUUUUCCCGACUGAGGAGACCAUUACGCAAUCUUUUACCGAGUCCUACGCUGAAGCAAGCACAGACGGAUAUCAGGAAACCAUGGCACCGCUUCCGGAAGUGUUCAUGGCACGUCCGGAAAUAUACACUGAGAUAAUUAAGGAAAAAUAUCCAACAUACACGGACACGUAUCCGGAGGGGUUCACAGAUCAAUACGAGGACGCUUACCACAAUGAGUAUCAGGACCAACCUAUGAAGGAGCACACUGCAGUAGACAGUAAAGUGACGCCAGUGAACAGUGAGACGGCCGAGAAGCAAGACGAAAAGGACGCUGCGCACCAAAACGGGCCUGAUGCAUCGAAGGGUGUGUCCAACUAUUUAAAAAUGACCCGAUGCUUGCUGGACAAGGACACUGGGAGGGUGUGUUCGAGCUACGAGUCCAGCUGGUACUACGACCGAAACACUCGGAAAUGCACACACUUCUGGUACGGCGGCUGUGAGGGGAACGACAAUCGCUUCCUGACGGAAACUGAGUGUGAGGAGACGUGCAGGGGAUUAGAUGGUCAAGUUUUUCUCCAGGAUGAACCAUCGAUAGCAACAGAUGUUUGCCAGCUCGAGCAGGACAUGGGCACGUGCUUCAACUUCACGUUGAAAUGGUACUACAACGCGUCUAAGACAGAGUGCAGCCGCUUCUGGUACGGAGGCUGCACGGGCAACGGGAACAGGUUCGACACGCGGGAGGAGUGUGAAGCUCAGUGUCUGAGAGUCAAGAAGAAGCUCUGAACACGUGGCACAUCAGAAACAUCCACUUCAUUUAUGGGGUUAAUUUAAUUCAUUUGUGUGGUCGAGAACUUGUUAAAAGUUCUACUGUCAUAUGUUUCAUGAUUAAUAGAAGAGCAGCACAGAGUAGUAAUCAGUAAUAAGCAGUAAUAAGUCCAGUUUUAAUCACCGUCUGUACAGACAGAAUUGACUGAAGGUUAUCAAAUAUCAGUUAAAAAUGAGACUGAGAUGAAAUGAGCUAUGAAAAAAACAUAAUAUUAACAGCAUAUAGCAAAGAUCAAAACCUGCUUUAUUGAUUUAUCUGAUUUACUGGAUGCUGAAUCAUCAAGAAUGUGUCCUUGUAAAAAUUUAUGAUGGUUUGGUGUGUGUAUAAAGAUUUAAUGUCACUAACUUUGGCUCAUUUUUGUUAUGACUGAAGUUAUUAAGUGCGGUGUCCACUGUUAAAAGGUAGCCAAAAAAUAAAAAUUAAUAAAAUAAAAACCAUCUACACUUUGAAACUA